AUCAAUUAGUGUCGAUACGUAAGUUGUCAAAAACUAAGAAAAUGCGACAUUGUUUAGGAAGAUUACUAAAUUUUGCGAAGACCAGUGCCUCGAUUCAGACCAGAUGGAGCUCCGACUCCAUACAAUGCAUCUUCCACAAAUGUGACAUAAUGCCAGACAUUAUCUGUAAAGCUCCAGAGGCCGAAGCUACGGUCUGCUAUGAAGAGGAAAAGGUGAAACUGGGAAAAGAGCUGACGCCUACGCAGGUGAAGGAUGUGCCGAAAAUGACGUGGGAUACGUGCCCUGACGCUUACUACUCGAUCUGUAUGGUUGAUCCGGACGCUCCGUGCAGGACGGCGCCGUCACUCCGUAACUGGUUGCACUGGUUGGUAGUUAACAUCCCGGGCCAAUGCUUCUCCGAUGGCCAAACCCUCACCGAAUACGUGGGAGCAGCUCCGCCCAAGGACACGGGCAUCCAUCGGUACGUUUUCCUCGUGUACAAGCAAUGUGACAAGCAGUAUUUCCACGAGCCGACCAUUACCGCGUGCUCGGCGGAGAACAGGUGCAAUUUCGAUUUGCAUCAAUUCACUAAGAAGUAUUCACUGAAGGAUCCGAUCGCCGGCAAUCUAUUCCACGCGAAAUGGGAUUGCUACGUUCCGGAGCUACAAAAACAGCUCGGCAUUGAACCCUAGUAAAUUCACCCUCUAUCUUCGUAGCUUCCAUCUAAUGUUAUCAAAUUUCCCCUGUUCACAGCGUGUUAAUAAAUGGUUGCAUAAUAAAUGUGCAUGUUUCUUUAUAAGAUAGGUUUUAUAUAAAUAAAUUUAUAGUAGUGAAUACCCAGCGCAUCCACCAUAUUUAUAUA